UUGUCAUCCUUUUAUGUCAAAAUAUUAGUUAGAUGACGUUUGCCGUUCAUCGUUUACUUUACGGUAUUUACUGUAGGUCUUAAUGCAAGGUUGAUAAAUCAGUGUAUUUUUUAUUUAUUCUUAUAGAAACUUUCAUACUAUGAUGACUUUUAGGAUACCAAAAAUGUACAACAUUAGAACUACUCUAUUUUUAUUAACUGCGAUUAUUUACUUAAUAGAACCAACAGAUAGUGGAGCUGUACAGCUUACUGAACAAAAUUUAGAUAAUGUAUUGGCUUCCAAUGAAUUAGUAUUUAUAAAUUUUUAUGCCGACUGGUGUAGGUUUAGUAAUCUGUUGAUGCCUAUAUUUGAUGAAACGGCAGAAGCAAUAGCCAAAGAAUUUCCAGAAGCUGGAAAAGUUGUGAUAGGUAAAGUGGAUUGUGAUAAAGAAAGCAGUAUAUCUUCAAAGUACCACAUCACAAAAUAUCCAACCCUAAAAGUGAUUCGUAAUGGCCAGCCAGCAAAGAGAGAGUAUAGAGGACAAAGAUCAGUAGAGGCUUUUACAACUUUUAUUAAGAAACAGUUAGAAGACCCAGUGAAAGAGUUUAAACAACUAAAAGAAUUGGGAGAAUUAGAAUCAGAGAAGAGGAUCAUCAUAGGUUACUUCGAUCGUCGUGACCAGCCACAGUACAGUAUUCUCCGUCGCGUAGCCACCAACCUCAAAGACGACUGCGACUUCCAUGUCGGGUUCGCUGAAGCUUCCCAACAAAUGCAUCCCGCAGGUCAGCCCAUCAUAGUCUUUAGACCCGACAAGAUUCGUACAAACGAUCGUGACGAAACUUAUCCCGGAGGUUUCACCAACUUCGAUGAGUUGCACAAUUGGGCAUUGGAGAAAUGCGUGCCCUUGGUUAGAGAAAUUACCUUCGAGAACGCUGAAGAAUUGACAGAAGAAGGAUUGCCAUUCUUGAUUCUUUUCCAUGCUCCUGACGAUAAAGACAGCAUUAGGACGUUUAAUCAAAUUGUGUUGACCGAGUUGUAUUCGGAGAAAUCAUCGAUCAACUUCCUUACCGCUGAUGGCAAGAAAUUCGCCCAUCCACUCCACCAUCUCGGCAAAUCAGAAAAGGAUCUGCCACUUAUUGCCAUCGACAGCUUCAGACAUAUGUACCUAUUCCCCAAUUAUCAAGACAUCAACGUCCCCAACAAAUUGAAGCAAUUCCUCAAGGACCUCUACUCUGGCAAAUUGCACAGAGAGUUCCAUUAUGGUCCUGAUUCGGACAGUAACACCGAGCAGCAACAAACAACACCACCCGACAGUACUUUCAAGAAAUUAGCUCCGUCGAAGAAUAGGUAUACUUUGUUAGGAAGGGAUGAAUUGUAGGUAUUUUUUCAAAUUAAUAAAUCAAUUUUUGUUUUAUAAAAAGGUACUUUAUAAGGUUUGUUCCAACACACAAUUUUUUGGUCCAGAAAUCGUCACGAAACUACUUGUGCCGUUUUUAUGCGCAUAUUCAUCAUUUGUAUCGUCCGAUGUCGCUAAUUCGAAAACCGAUCCUAGUGCGCAGGUCAGCCCAACCAGUACUUGCAUUUAUCUGAGUACUGAAAUGAUCGUCAAGAAACUGUCACUGGUCGAGUGACAAUUUUUGUUGGAAAGUAUUUUGUUUACUGCGCAGGAGCGUGAUAUUUACUUGACGGUUCAUCGCUGUAUUGGAACAAACCUAUAAUAGUGACAGACGUGAAAAAAGUUGUGAUUAAAGUAAGUAGUCAAAUCAACUGAUACGUGAAUCUUUUGUAGUUAAAAAGUUCCAGUUUUUAUUGGUAUUAUAGUAAAAUAUAUUUAGAAAUAGUUGGUAGUGUAGUUAUAUAUUUUUAUUGUUGGGAAGCUAUAUCUGCAAAGGAAACUGGAAUUUUUGCGGUUUAGAAUAAAUCAGUUGCUUGUUUCACUUUCACGGCUAGUGAUGUUCAGCAAAAUUAAAAGUGAGCUGUAAAUUUUAUUUUUCUUAUGUUUUUCAAUUCAUAGAUUUCUGUAAAACUAAACCCAUCGGGCUCGGUUCUGUUAAAUAUAAUAUAGUCAUUUACUGUCUUUAACGUAUUUACUGUAUUGCCCUCAUUUUGUGCUGUUUCAAAAUAGACAGAUUUAUUUUUGUUCUUAGUGUUAUUCAUUUUAAAACUUACUUAAUUUUGUACACAAUGGCCGUUACGGUCCAAAAGCUUUUUACAGAUGAUGCUUGAACUUUCCUGUGCCGAUGUUAUAGAAUUGUAGCGCCAAUCCUUUAAGGAAUCGAGUAACCUCUUCUUUGACUUUGAUUAUCAUCGCUACUAAGCUUAAGCCACCCAAGUGUUGUUUUAAUUUUAGCAAUAAGUGAUAAUCACUUGGUGCUAUGUCCUGGCUGUAGGGGGGUUGGAUCCAACAGGCCAGCCAAAACCUCUUAGCAGUUGUUCAGUUUGAUAUGAGACAUGAAGUCGAGCGUUGUCAUGGAGAAGCCUCAUACCACUAUUGGACAAUCGUCCACGCAAUCGGUUUUGGAUCGCAAGUCUUUUUAUUUAUUUAUGACUCACAAUAUCUGUCGAAGUUCACUAUAGUGAUGUUGAUUAUACAGUCGAACCCGCUUAUUGGAAUAGCCUUCGUGCUAAGCAAAGGUAUUCCUAUAGCCGGGAUAUUCUAAUAACCGAUCAUUUGUGGAUAGUAGAAACGUUUCAGGGCCUCAAAUUUCUAUUCCUUAAAGCGGGAUAUUCCUAUUCGCGGUGUGCAAGUACUUGGAAGGGGAAACGAGAAACGACCCUGCGCGAGUCGCGGAGAAAUAUUGCAACUAUCUUAAAUAAUUCAUAUUGUCAAUUGAAAUUGUCAAAUUGACGUAUAUUUCAUACCUUGUGUCAAUGAAGCAGAAAAAUUAUAUAUUGCUCCACAAUAUUGAUAUGAUAUGCAAUUAUUAUAUAAAGGUAAAUUUAAUUAAUUUUAUUUUGCUUGCAGUACUGCAUUUUAAUAACUAAUUUUAUUUACUACAUAGAAUUGUUUACGUUUUCAUCACAUAACCUGAAUCUUAUUUUUUCUUCUUAUUAUUUUUUUGGACUAUGGCCUUGACAAUUAUCCAGUAACCAGGACUAAUAUAAUUGGCCAAUAUAAUUAAAAGUGCGAAUUUUAGUAUAGAGCGUAGAAAUAGGGGUCGCUUUGCCGAACUUGCACGGUCCCAAUAAGAGGUAUUCUAAUAAGCGGGUUCGACUGUAGUUACUUUCGAGAAUUCGUUACAAAUCGUUACUUUUUUAUAAAGUAUUUACAGUAUUCGUUACUUUGAUUACUAUGAUUACUUUUGUAUUUGAGUACCGGUAAUCAUAUCGAGAAUCGUAUUUCUCAGUAGAUACAGUCGGAAAAAUGAAAGAAUACCAUGAACGAUCACAUCAAUCACUUAUUUUGUAUUUGCUAUCUUUUUCUAUAACAAACGUUUGUUAUUUAUAGAAAAAGACAGCAAAUACAAAAUAAGUGAUUGGUGUGACCGUUGAUAGGUAUUCUUUCAUUUUUCCGACUGUAGGUAUUUUGUAUAGGUAUUCCGAUAUAACAACGACCUUCACCGAUCUGUUUAAGGGAUAAAAAUGAUUUGAUUACUAUGAUUACUUUUGUAUUUGAGUACCGAUAAUCAUAUCGAGAAUCGUAUUUCUCAGUAGGUAGGUAUUUUGUAUAGGUAUUUCGGUAUAACAACGACCUUCACCGAUCUGUUUAAGGGAUAAAAAUGAUGUGAUUACUAUGAUUACUUUUGUAUUUGGGUACCGGUAAUCAUAUCGAGAAUCGCAUUUCUCAGUACCUAGGUAGGUAUUUUGAAUAGGUACCUAUAGAUAUAGACCUAGAUAAAAACAUAGGGUUCUCGCAUUCGAUCUUUGUUAAUGACAUACAUAUUUUACGUAUACCAUUAUACCUCCCUCUGUUUCAUCUUCUCCUCACCCUCACACCCUUAAAACGCUUCAUACCGAUAACGAUAUUCAAUAACACUCGUAAAAUACCGGUCCCGUCCGUUACUCGCUCGGAUAUUAUAGGUAGAAAGUAAUCAAGUGUACUAGUUGUAGAUACAAUAGUCGUUAUUCGCUCUGAUACGAUUGGUACGAAGUAAUCAGAGCAAUCAAAGUAGAUACAAUAGUCGUUACUCGCUCUGAUACGAUUGGUACUAAGUAAUCAGAGUAAUCAAAGUAGACACAGUAGUCGUCACUCGCUCUGAUACUAUUGGUACGAAGUAAUCAGAGUAACCAAAGUAACGAUUUGCCUUUUCGUAUAGUAAUCGUUACUUUCAGUAUUCGUAAGUAACGAGUAUUUUGUAACUAAUAGUUACUUUUUCAACAUCACUGGUUCACUGUUGUUUCAUGAAAUCAGAAAAUUUUUCGUGAGCCAUGUAAAAAUAUUAUGGCCCUAAUUUCAUAAUGUAAAUUAAAUUUUAAUACAUUAAGCAGUAUAAAGUUACUGUCAGAUCUUUUCUACCGCCAUUGUUUAUUGAUAUAAAUUAUUUUCCGGUAGCUUGGGUUAUAUAUUAAAAAAACUUUAUUUUAAUACAUAAUAUUGGAAUUUUUAUACAGUACUCUGUGCUGCUUCCUUCAUUGCUGUUGUGGAAUUUUAUUGACUUCUAGAAUUGUAUAUUUGACUAUGUUAGAAACCAUCCUGAUAUUUAAUUUUAUCUAUCGGUAUUUUAACUUUACUUUUCCGUUUAUUUAAAAGAAGGUCUUCUGUGGGUUCAAAUUUUGCUGAACAGACUGAACAGAAAUUUUAAAUCUCAUGGCUGUCGCUACCAAAGCUUUUUUCAAAACCAACUAUUGUCAACUUAUUUUAAAACCAACCAAUUAUUAUCAUCACCAACACCGAUUAGAAACUAUAAAACAACAAAAUUUAGGAAAUUUUCAAUAUUUUCUAAGAUAUUCAGUAAUGUGACUACGUUUUGAAAGUUUCUUCCAAGUGGCUGAAGAUACAGAUGAUUACAAAAUAGUAUGAAUUUCAAAAAAGAAAUAACAGAGCUGGUAUUAUGGCAUAAGAAAGAUCGUUCUGUUUAUCGUCGUAACAUACCGUAAAAUAACGUAUUCCUCUGUACGAUAAUGAAGUCGGGAUAAGGAAGUGAAGUGAUACGAAAAUAUUUCAAAAAUACAGCAUCAGUAAAAGCAAUUAUCUUAUUAAGACGUUUUUUGUGACUAAUAUUUUUACUCGUACUCAUAAUGACAUAUUGAGCAUCUGAGCAAAUGAACAUGAGAAUUUAUAGCGCAGAAAAAUUCCGAUUUACAAAAAACGUAGGAGAUAUCUAUCGUAACCUAAAUUCUAUUAUUUAAAAGGAGGCAAAUUGUGUUCAUUUGAAACAAAUAGUUCGAUAUUAUUCUUUUACUAGCGUGUACUGACAUCUAUUUUGUCAUAAUUUUUUUUAUUUCAUUUAUAAAUAGUUGGUUUUGAACUAAAACCCCUCUAAACAUCUGUGGAUCCCAAAGAUUGUUAAAGAUUUUUUUAUUGUAAGCCAAUUCUUCCAUCUAAAUUAAUAAUGUUAAAGUUUAUUACACAUUUCGAUGGUUACUUUUUGGUCUAGAAAUAAUGUACAUAAUAAUUGUUCUCUUUUUGCGCUAUAUAACUUUAAAUUAAAUUAAAUCACAGAUAAAGUGUGUUGAUUGUCAUAAAAUUGGCUUAGAAGAUAUUUUUUGUAUUUUUUAAUCGUUUCGUGACUGUUUGACUAGAUAUUUCACCUUUUUUGUGGGGGGUGAGAAUCUUCAAAAGACCGUCUGGGUAGGUGUCCCAGGUGUGUCGGAUUCAGUCCGGCACGCUUCACCGCGUGCCGAGGCCGCCUACCGACUAAACUCACCCCCUCUUUCUGCUGCCGGGUCUGGAACCGCACUUAGCAUGAUAUAGGGUUAUCAAAUUUACUUUUAUACUUUUAACGCAAAACUGUUAAAUAAAAAUUAAGUUUUUCCUUUACAAUAGGAAUACUGCAGUUCAGAAAUGGGAUUACUGCAUUACAGAAAGAACAGAAAUGAUCAAAUAUGUUGAAAUUAUUGAUUAACCUGUAGAAACACUAAAAACUGAGUGAAUCUAUUUUUCCUUAUUAUUUUUUAAGAUCUACUUUUUACUUUAAUCAAGUAUUAUUAUCAACAAUUUAAUUACUGUUCGACAUUUUAGCCACUUUAAGGUUAAGUGAAUCAAUGAAAUGUGUAAUAAAUUAAAUAGCUAAAUUGUAUGUGCUAUUAUUAAUUUCAGUUUUAUGUACCAACUAAUAAAUGAGUUUCUCAAAUGAAGGUAUUAAGUGAGGAAAAUUUCUGAAUGAAAUUGAAAAAAUGGGUUUUAAGAGUAUCUCCGGGUUUUCAAACGAAAACAUCUUGUAUAGUCUGUUUUAAAUUAUUAGAGAAUUGUAAAGUCUAUCCACACUGUUAUAUAGCAUAUUUUAGCACAGGUAUUGUUAUUUAGUAUCUUUUUUACAUUCAUGUGAAGGUUUGUAACAAAAAAAUCAAGGUUAUUUUAACAAUAACGUCGCAAGUGUAAAAAAUACUUUCAUCCUUUUUAUUUUGGGUACUAUUGCUAAAAAUAGUCUAAAGGCGCAUUUAAAUCAAAGCGAACACGAACGAACGAACGAAUUCGUUCGUUAACUUUAUUGUAUUUGUACAGCGAAUCGAGCACGACCGAACGAAUUCGUUCGCAUUCGCACAUGUUCCAACCGAUGUCGGUAAGUGAGCGAAUCAUCAAAGGAAAUCGUUGUUCAAUGUGGACAGUGGAUAGACGGUAGCGAACGAAUUCGUUUAGAAGUACUGAUUUAAUUUAUUUACAAACAUUAGUUUGAGAGGGUUGUUUAUUGUGUAGUUGUGAAAACAUAAUUUUGCAAUAUGGAAUAUGCCUAUGAAACCCAAAAUCGAAGCUAUAUAAAAUAAUAAACAGAAAAACUGAUGCUUGUUUUAACAUUUCUAUAGGAAUGGGUUGUGAUGUCUCUGAACUAAAAAAAUGAAUUAGCUUCUGGCAUCAUUUAGACGAGAAAGACAAAAAGAGGGUUCGAAGUGGUUUAAUGUUUUUAUUGGAUAAAUUUCAACCCAGAAACACUAAUGAGGUAACCAAAUCAAAUUAAUUGCUAAAAUUAAUUAAAAGCAAAUUUAUUUUGAUACACCAAUUUUAUAAUUUAUUAUUUAAACAUAUAUAGUCAUAAUAUCAAGAGCAAGUAACUUUUUCGAGGAAGAAUUUUAAGAAAGCUGGUUCUUUAUGUUAUUUUCUAAGCUCCCUCAAACAGCGUAUAAUACCUGCUACCUGCUAUUUUUGUAAGCUAUUAUUGUAUUAAAAUUUACCCAGCAAGAAACACGAAAAUAAACUUAAACACAAUGUGUGACUAGUGUGACUGGCACUGGCCCAUCUUAAAAACAUCUGCGGGCAAUAUGCACUCCCGAGCAUCAACGAAUGCGAACGUUCGCUUCAAUGUAAAUGGCCCUACUUUGUAGCGAACGAAUGACCAAGCGAACACUUACGAAUUCGUUUCUUGGUUCGUUCGUUCGUGUUCGCUUUGAUUUAAAUGCGCCUUAACAAUGCAUCAAUAUAUAAUAUUUUAGGUACCUCUAUAACAAGGUGUGGAUUGAUUGAUAAAAAAAAACCAAAUUAUUAACUAAUAUUAUGUUUUUAACUACUUUUAGUGAUUUUUCCAUAUUAUGUCACAUAAAAAAUUCCCAUUAUUAAUCUGUAUAAUGUUUACAAGUAAUGAUAUAUUUCCUAUAUAUUUUUAUUUUUUUUUUUUUAAUGUUAAAUAAGUUGCUGGUUCUUAUCAUUUGUUGUGUUAAACUAUUAAUUAAGCUUGUCAUUGUUCAUACUCCUAUUGUUGAUAAGUAAACUUUAUUUUUCUAUUAGUUUUUUUAUUAUAUAUUCUGUGAUUUCUUUAACAUGCAUUGAUUGAGCUUAAAAAAAUAGUAAAAAACGGUUUUAAGUAAGAAAUUUUCCGUUUUAUUUAUGCUUAAAACUUACUAACAUUUCAUUUGACUUUCCUAUUACUGAAUAAUAUAAAAUGGGGUGAUGAAUAAAAAAAUAAACUGAGGCGAAUCUGUUUUCUUGAGUGUUCUUAUUUUUUGGCCAAAGGUUGUGGGUUCUAAAUUCUCCAAUUUUUUAGCGAACCAACUCUAUUUUAUUCAAGUAAGCCAUUACGGCCCAUGUUUAUUUAGUAUUGAGACUAAUUCCUAAAAGUAGGAAUGAAUUCAAACACAAUAUACUAAUAGUCCAAGAGGCAGCGCUGAAAAAUCUCUUUGAAUUUACUAAAGCUAAAUUUUUCACAGUUGAUUGCUGUGAUUGUGUAGAGAAACAUGCUGCGGUCGGUCAAGCGAAACGUAGAACACGGGUUACUGAGAGGGUAUCAAAGUUGCUUUCCUACGAAGGUAAUUAAAUCCAUGUACUAAGGCUGAAAAUCAAUACACACAUUCUAAAUUAAAUAUAAAUAAAAGUUGUUAUAGUCGGUCAGCUGUAUGACGGGGCAGAGCCGGUCGGUCGGCUUCAGUGAAUGUACAGGAUUAUGCACUAUAUUUUGACCCCCGUGUAAACUGCUUUAUUUACAGAAUUAGAAAAAAAUGUAAAAUACAAAAGUUAUUCGAUUUUUAAAUUAUGAUUUUUUAACAUAUAUAUCCUAAUAGUGACGUCAUCCAUUUGGGCGUGAUGACGUAAUCGACUAUUUUUUUUUAAAUGGGAAUAGGGGUCGAGUUCUAGCUGAUUUGAAAGGUUAUUCAAUUCCCUAUUCAGUAAUUUAAACAUUAACAUGAUUAAUUAUACAGGGUGUCCAAAAAAAAGUUUUAAUUAAAUUAAUUGUUUAAUUAAUAAUUAAAAAAAAAUUUUUGGGCACUCUGUAUAAAUAAUGAUCUUAAUGUUUAUAGUACUGUAUAGAGAAUUGAAUAACCUUUCAAAUAAGCUAGCACACGACCCCUAUUCUCAUUUAAAAAAAAUAGUCGAUUACGUCAUCACGCCCAGAUGUAUGACGUCACUAGUACGAUAUAUUUGUCAAAAAAUCAUAAUUAAAAAAUCGAAUACCUUUUGUAUUUUACAUUUUUUUCUAAUUCUGUAAAUAAAGCAGUUUACAAGGGGGUCCAAAUAUAGUGAAUAACCCUGUACAUUCAUUGGGGCCGACCGAUCGGCUCUGUCCCGUCAUAUAUCUGACCGACUAUAAUAACUUUUAUUUAUAUUCAAUUUAGAACGUGUGUACUGAUUUUCAGCCUUAGUAAAUGGAUUUAAUUACCUUCGUAGGAAAGCAACUUUGAUACCCUCUCAGUAACCCCUGUUCUACGUUUCGCUUGACCGACCGCAGUAUGUUUCUCUACACAAUCACAGUAAUCAACUGUGAAAAAUUUAGCUUUAGUAAAUUCAAAGAGAUUUUUCAGCGCUGCCUCUCCGUCUACAACCCAUUUGAAAUUAUCAAAUAGUACUUACUGUCUAUAGAACAAACUUUUAAUUUGCUAUUAUAAAGAAACAUCAAGAUUAAAUACAAUGUUUCACUUGUUGCGUCGCAAAUAGUAAAGCUUGGCAAGCAAGGUGUAGAUUUUUAACAAUGUAGCUUUAUCUUCUCUUGUCCAUAAUGCUUAAAAGGUAUAACUAGAAGAGAUAAUGAUGGGAACUAGACAGACAAUAGAUGAAACCAAAUUGUAACAUGUAAGAAGAAUAAGGAUCAAUUUGACAUACUUGAAAGUAAGGUGCCAAACAGUGUUAGAGUGAACAGAGACAAAAAUAGAGUACAAUAAACACCUAACUGCAAAAAAAACACAAGGGUUGGCCAAUUUUAUAACAAGAACAGUGUAUUAUUUAGGGAAUAAAUUAAGCACGGUAAAUUUUUAUGAAUGUAUUUUUGGUCGAGAGAGGACUGUCUAACUAGCCGAUCAUUUACAUUGAAUGGAACAAAACAAACACAGCGAAUGAAAAUAAUUCUGGACUAUAACUAUACUCUAUAAACAAAUGCACAUAUAGAUAUUAAAUUAUAUUUCAAACAUAAAGUUUGAAAGGAGCAUAUUUUUUGUGUGUGAAUUUGAUGGCCUUGGCCGAGCCAAUUAGCCAGACAUUUUGUUAUUUUAAAAACAAACAAAUUUGUUUUUUCAAUCAGAGGAAUUGUUUCUUUAUUUCUAACUCUAAAUACAUAACAAAUUAACAUAUUACAAUUAUUAUCUAAAUAAUCCACUAUUUUGGUUGUAAAUAUUCUUUCUUGUACAUAUUUAUUUUUUUUGUAUUUUUUUAUAUCUUUAAUUUGUUUUUUUUAUUAUUUUUUUUAUUAUUAUUUUUUAAUAACUGUUUUUUACUACGCUAAGACAUAAACCCGAUUCAACAUCUCGGAGGUUUACAUCUUUUUAGUUUUUUUUUUGCUUUUUUUACUUUUUUUGCUUUUUUUCUCUUUUUUUUUGCUUUUUCUUUAUAAGGGGCAUAUUGUUACAAAUACUACCAGUUUGAAUAGAAAUGAAUUAUACAGAAAUUCUAAUUUAAUCUUACCUAAAUUGUAGCAUCGAUGUAUAGCCGCAGUUAUGUUGGCUGCAGUGUCUUCACUAACCCUUAAGAUUUCUUGAAGCCAAUUUAUUAUUUGAAACAUGUUCCUUCCGUUUUGAAGAUCCCAUUUUUAAAAGAAGCUUCAGAUAACUAGUAGAUCCACGAGGAAAAUAAACUUCCUGUAGCUGGCUGUAUACCAUAAAUCACAAAAAUACUAGAUUUGUUGUAAAAGGUAUAUUUUACAAUACAAUAAAUAAGGGUCAUAAGACAAAACGUUUUCGGAUUAAGAAAUCCAUCAUCGGUGUUCUAAAAGCCAAAAAAAUAGCAUGCCUGAGCCACCAAAAUGUGUUGGGUAAAAACCCUUUAAAUGUAAAAGAUUAUGUUAUAUUACAUAUUUAUAUAAUAUGUAAAUGAUGUUCUAGAUAUGCAUGGAUGUUACCCAGGGCAACACAGGACUCUUCCCACGUGGAUGGAAUUUUUUUGGAGAAAACCUCACAUAUUGGAUUUCAAUGGCCAACUCAAUGGCAACUUCAGUUGACCAUUGAAAUCCAAUAUGUGAGGUUUUCUCAAAAAAAAAUCCAACCACUUGGGAAGAGUCCUGUGUUGCCCUUGGUAACAUCCAGGCAUAUCUAGAACAUCAUUUACAUUUUAUAUAUAACAUAACAUAAUCUUUUACAUUUAAAGGGUUUUUACCCAACACAUUUUGGUGGCUCAGUUAUGCUAUUUUUUUUUUUUUGGCUUUUAGAACACUGAUGAUAGAUUUCUUAAUCCGAAAACGUUUUGUCUUGUGACCCUUAUUUAUUGUAUUUUAAAAUAUACCUUUUACAACAAAUCUAGUAUUUUUUAACUAGUAGAUGUUUAAUCAAAAUUUGGUCUUCUACGGAACUGAUUAAAAUUGUUAAGAUCCAGAGCCCUGAUUUUAUUUAACACUUUGACUAAUAUGUAUAUGAAUUUGAUACACAUUAGUAGAACUUAUUCAAGCGACAAAAAGUGGCCAGGCUGUGAAAACUUAUGAGGAUAAAUAUGUCUAGGAGUUAAAGUGUUUUAAUUUCGAUGUCUAAAUUUAUUCAUUUCGAUUUUAGUUACAACUGGGGAUAUUUACUUUAUCACUCUGUCACUGCUCAGAAUUUGCGAUGGCCCUCUUAGCUUAUAGGCAAACGUUUGUUUACGUUACAUAUUUCAUUUGAGUUGGUCAAUCACGUUGUGGCAAUUCUCAAUUAUUAUAUUUCUAAUUUAAUACUAUCCUCUCUAAUUCCUCCAAAACCAGCAAAUUUCCAUAAAACGCAGCCAUAUUAAUACUUUUUGGUUCAGUUUUCCUUGCAAGAAACAAUCAAAACACGACACCUCCAAAACUAAACCUAGCCUCGCUUCUGCAAGUCCAGCCAGUCAUGUCCAUGUCAGAUUAAUUUCGACCCGAAAUGAAAUUUCAACCACUUUUUUGCAGUUGAAAUUAAUUUUGAUAUAUUAUCGAAAACUAAUGACGUUAGCUCCACCGAAAUCCACAAUGCUCGGAAAGUCGCAUUUCGACGUCGCCAUAUUAAUUUCGACGUGUUUGAGUCGAAAUGUCAAGUAGAAUCAGGCCCAGGUCGUCGAAAUUCUCAAACUUUAUUGAUGGCCUUUGAAAACGCUACAAAAACGACAAAGAUGUUCUCGGUGUAAUGCAAGUAGUUGUUAUUUUAUUAUCUCUAUCGUGUUGUUCUGAAGCUAUUUUCUUGUGGCAUUUUUUAAUUAACUAUUUAGAUGGGAAAUAAGCCACAAUUAAAUUGAAAAAAAUAAUUUUAUUAAGGAAUUAUUAGCAAUAUUAUACAGGAACGCAACGCAUAAAUAUUGGCAAUAUCAUUUUAAAGUCUUCUACUUUAAAAUGUAUAAUAUAUGUCUGAAUUGCCGAUAUAAAUGAGUCAGAUUAAAUAAAUUAGAAGAACUUUUUACUAAGCAACCACAUUUUUGUUUAAUUUAGUAGUAUUUUGUAUUUCAACAACGACACCCGAUUUAGGCGUCGAAACGUUAAUAAAAUUUUUUUUCAAUUUAAUUGUGGCUUGUUUCCCAUCUAAAUAGUUAAUUAAAUCUAUCUUUUGGCAUUUUAACAACUUCAAGUAAUCGGUUAGCAGUGGUUAACAUUAUGAAACAUGACUCGGUCGCGCGUAGUUAACGUGGUUUACGUGCCCUCCGAUGCACGGUGAUGGCUCAGUUAAAUUAGAAACUUAAAAUUUUCUUGUGUCUAAGUCCAUUAAAAAACACAGUUCAUUGUCUGGUGAAAAAAACAGGUCUACAAGAAGUCUAAUUUUAGAACAAAAGUACUAAACUUCUAUACGUUCGGAAGCCUGGAUGAUAAAAAGAUCGAAUUUGAUUGACACCUCAUUUUGAAAGUUGUUCUAUAUUUGUAGGCAUAUUAUGGACUGACACAGUUAAAACCGAAAAAAAAUGUUGUAGAAGGGAUUGUAGGGAAGAAAACCAAUACCCAUAAAAAACUUUUGGGUUAAAAUAAUGGGUUAUGUAAUAUAGAAUUCAAUUGUAAUGCCUAAAAAAUUGGAAAAUAUAACUAUCUUUCUUGGCCUUUUCUUAUUAAUAUCAUAUCGUCUUAUGAAAUACGGUUGAAAAAACUUACAUAUUUGUAUAACUUCAUUCAAAUUGUCAAAUUAAAUUAUCAUGGUGUAGUGCUAACCCUAUUGUUUCAAUUAGAAAAAAAACUUUAAUAUUCUGUGAAUAUUAAUUAUUGCUUAUAAAAUGUUAUAUUAUUUUUUCUGUAUAUAUUGUAAAAAGUUAAUUUUUUUGAAAUAAAUUUUUACACAAGUA